UCUUUUUCAUUUGUUUAUUUCACUUACUUAUCAUCAUCUUCUUCGUUUUCCUUAUUGAUUGAUUGAUUGAUUGGAUUAUCGACAAAACUAAUGGAUUUUCGAAAUAUAUGGGCCGAUAAUGCAUCCGAUACAUUAUCGAUAACAUCCGAAUUAACAACAUCAUCAUUAUCAUUAUUUUCAUCAAAUUAUCAUCAUUAUCAAUAUAAUAAUGAUGAUUUUAAUAAUUUUGAAAUCAACAGUUUUGGUCGUACAACAACACCAACAACAACUGAAUCAGCAUUAUCAUCAUCACCACCAUUGACUGAAUUAAAUUCCGAUACACAAUCAUUAUGUUCAAACUCUAAUCGUUACGAUGGUGAUGGACGGCAUCCAUCUACAUCCACAUCAACAUCAACAGCACCAACAACAUCGGAUAGACGACAAAAAAUCUAUUGUGAAACAGUAUCGGUUGCCAAUUCUGGUCAUGUUGCACAAAUUGUUGGCAAAAAUGGUUGUAAAAUUAAACAUUUACGUGCUAAAUAUGGUACCUAUAUACAUACACCGGCUGCAAAUGAAGAACCAGUAUUUAUUAUUCGUGGACCAAAAGAUAAAGUAAUGGCCGUAAAACAGGAAAUAAUUCGUGCCGAUAAUCAUUUUGCCGAAAUAAAACAGGCAAGAAAUGUAAAAAUAAUGCAAAAAAUUGAUUCAAAUGAUGCAGCAUCUAUUCGCUUGUUUAUACCGGAUAAAUAUAUUGGCCUUGUUGUUGGUCGUAAUGGUUGGUUUGUAAAAGAUUUACAAUCAACAUAUAAUAUUUAUAUUGAAACACCAAAAUUUGAUUUGUGUAAUUAUUUUCAAUUAUAUGGUUCACGUGUACAUUGUAAUAUGGUUAUACAUUCUAUUUAUGAUUGUCUUUGUACAAAAACUGGUAUUAAUUUUUCGAAAAAAAUCGAUUCAAAUGAUAUUUAUUUUGAUGAAUGAACAUCAUCUGUAUGU